AUGGUAUUAAGGGAAGGUACUCAUUUGGAAGCGAUAGUGGACACUCUCAUUGAUCAAGAGACCAAAGGGUGGAAGAUACAAGAUCAAAGCAACAACAGUCUUGGGGAAAGCUCGAGCAUUACAGAUCAGAAGAAAAUGUGGAAAAUGCUUUGGGAGAUGCAGCAUCUGACUUCAGAUAUGGACUUUUUGGAUGUGAUUACAUUUGUUCUAGAUAGAGGAACCAAUUCAGACUUCACUAUGAGCUCCUCAACUCAAAUUGCUAAAAGAAUGUGCUACUGGGAACCUCCUCCAAGGGGUUUUCUCAAGUUGAAUGUUGAUGGAGCCAUGUUUUUAAAUUUGAGAAAAGCUGGUGUGGGUGUGGUAGUUCGAGACAACAAAGGAAAACUGGUGAUGGCUGCAAGCAAGAUGGGAAAUGAGGUUGACGAUCCAACUACCAUUGAGUUGAUGGCUUUACUACGAGGAUUACAGCUUUGUGUCCAUUUGGGCUUUUCAAAAAUUGUUGUUGAAAGUGAUUGUAUGUUGAUGGUUCAAGAGUUGAAAGAUGAUCAAGAUUCAUUCUCAACAAAUGUUAAUCUUAUUAAGGAAGCAAAGAGUUUGCUACAGCAUUUUCAGGAGGUUGAAAUCCAACAUGUACAUUGCAUGGGGAAUGAGGUAGCACAUAGAUUAGCUUGUUAUUCUUGGAAUGUUGAUAAUAUUUCCAUGUGGUAG